AUUUAGUUCAUUUUUCAGAGGAAGUGAUGAAAACCUUUUAACGGGCAUGCCCGCGUGGAAUUACUCAUAAGGCAACAUGAUACGUCAUUACAAGAUUACUUCACUCUGUAAUAGUAACAGUUGCUUCAACUAGGAGGAGAGUGGAAUAAUAUGGAGCCGUUGUUUCCCGAAUCAUUGGCAAUACAUUUCAACGAGUCUCUGCUCGCAAUAUGUGCGCCGCAUAUCAAAGAAAAGCUGUCCGAGAAGUCCCGCUUAUUCCCGAAAGAAGUUCUAAUGGUUGUCAAAGAGGGAUGUCCCAACACAGUGGAGAAAAUUGACAUAUUCAAGAAGUCGAUUGUAGAUUAUAUGGAGGCCCUCCUUAGAAAUAUCUUUGCAACAUUUCAGCCAUUCUUCUGCCCUGAUACAUCAACUCUGUGCAGUUAUGAUACACUUGCAAUACGACAAUUUGACUGUAAUCUGGUGCAACGAAGACUGGAGUGUGUGAUCAAGUGUACGGUCGAGUGUGUGUCACAGAUGCCCGGAUGGAUCCCCAGCUUCUUCAGUCUGGAGCAGACCAGUGAACUCAUCACCACCAUCUCCGCAUUCGUCUACUUCCUCCUAGUCUAUCCAACCUUCAAUUUCAUGGACGGCUCUCCAAACUACUACGAGGCGAAGUGCUCUGACGUGCCCUCGAACGACAUCAGGAGGUUCUUCGGGUUCUGGCUGAACUACUUCAACAACAUGGAGGUGGACUUCACUGAGAUGGGACUACUGCUGGCACUCUCCCUCAACGAGGCCUGCAGAUUCCUCAACACCAAUAUAUACCACAACAGCUUCAACAGAUCAGAGGAAAUCAUACACUCCACAUUGAUGACUUACUGUUUGAGUCGUAAGUUCUCUGAGGCGUCUCCAAGUGCAACAGACAGAUGGAUCAUGCUGAACCGCAACUUACGUUCAAUCUUCAAAGGCAUCUUCGAGAGCGGAAAGCUGUCAUUUGCGGAGAUCGGUUCCAAACUGCUAGAUCGAAACAAUCCCUACCCUGCGAACGGCCAGUAUUACAACCAGUCACACAGUGGCGGCAGUCAAGGCAGUGGCUCCAGCGACCAAAACACGGAGCAAUAUUCGGGAAUACCGGAGUCCAUUGACAUGAGGAUGGAUGGAUCCUGGAACAAUUUCUCCGGAUCUUCCGAUCCAGCUAACUCAACUUCGCCCAGAUCAUCUCCACACGGAAGUGGUCGUAGCAGCGAGUACCCGACGUCUCCCGAAGAAGAUAAUCGCAGUCUCUCGGAUGGGUGAAGUGACGUAUUUGAUGCUGCUGCACUGACUUUGAUCUCAUUACACAAGCAAACACUUGUGUUAUUAUACGAGUUCUUUUUUUCAACCUAACUAGCAAAUUUCCGCGCUAAUUUUUUUUUUCAGUCGUAGAGGCAGAUGACUCGUGGAGGUCCCUGGUUUGAAUCCCGGCUAGGCUAUUUUUUUUAAUGCCUAUUUAAAUAGCCUAUUUUCUUUCCAAUUGAUUUUCGCUCCAUUUCGCUUCUUUGUUUUGCUAGUGUUUGCGAAUUGCUGCUUCGCCUCUGUGAAAGACGAUGUAACACUGCUGUUGUUUAAAUGAAACUGAUCAUAUGUUCACACUGUAUAUUGUAGAAGCUAGAUUGAUUUGUUAUUUAUCCAACUCGCACUUUGAUGUCUUUUACAAAUAGUGGAUUGAAAUUUGCGUAGCUACCCUGAAUUUUGAAUUAUAUCGUGUAAUUGGUUUUCCUGCCAAUUGGUAGAUGUACAGUAUUGUUGCCCUUCUCAAUGUUUUUUUUCUGAGAGUUCAUGUUCAUAUUCUGUUUUCUAUAAUUGUAAGAUUUCGAAUUAAUCUCUAAGAAUUCA